AUGGCUGUUGCUGAUCCUAAUCUUACUACAAAUCAUCUGAUGAAAGCAACAAUAAGGUCAAGAGUUAAUGAAUACUCUAGGGAUCUCAACUUCCUGACAGUUUCUAGUCUAGGCGGAAUACUUCCCAGUGAACCGAUCGAUCGAAAUAGUCUGAAAAUUCCCAGGCACCUCGCACUAGCCGAUCCGAGGUUCGAUCAUCCAGCACCCUUCGACAUUCUAUUGAGCUUAGGCACAACCCUUGCAUUGUUAUGCCAAGGGCAAAUUCGAUUGAAUAAUACACAUGGCACAGAUGUUUUGUUACAAGAAACUCAAUUAGGAUGGAUAAUCGGUGGCAGUGUGUCCACAAGAAAUCCACCCUCAAAGAAACAAAUAACAAACAAUCAUCUCACUUGUGUUGAACAACAAUUGAAAAAUUUCUGGGAAAUGGACGAUGUUAAUACGGAAAAACAUCUCUCUAGCGAAGAAGUAGCCUGUGAAGAACACUUCAAAAAACAUGUCACUCGCGACGAAAUGGGUAGGUACAUCGUAGCCUUACCCUUCAACAGUAAUAAAUCGAAACUCGGUGAGGCUCGAGAGAUGGCAAAAAAAAGUUUCCAUUCACUACAGAGAAAAUUCAGAAGGAACCCAGAGUUAGAGAAACAAUAUUCAGCCGUAAUGCAAGAAUAUCUUGACCUGGGUCAUACGUCUGAAUCUCGAGAAGACCCUUCGGAAGAGAAGGGCUUCUACCUGCCUCACCACUCGGUCAUAAAAGCCACGAGCCUCACCACCAAGGUGCGGGUCGUUUUCGAUGGCUCGGCAAAAAGAGCAGGGGACCCAGUGUCAUUAAACGAAUCCUUAAUGAUCGGGCCAACCAUUCAACAGGAUAUUUUUUCACUGCUGACUCGCUUUCUCACUCACCAAUAUGUGCUUACAGGUGACAUUGAAAAAAUGUACCACCAGUUUUGGGUUCGUGACGAGGACAGGAAGUAUCAACGAGUGUGGUGGAAGGACUCGAAUGGCGAACCCAGGGUUUUCGAAUUAAACACCGUGACAUUUGGAUUGUCCUCAGCUCCUUAUCUCGCUAUUCGCUGCUUACAUCAGUUAGCAGAUGAUGAGUCCGGGAAAUUUCCUGAAGCCGCCAAAAUAAUUAAGCGCGACUUAUACGUGGAUGAUCUUCUGACAGGGGCAGAUACACUUGAGGAAGCUCUAAACAUAAGAGACGGAAUCAACAGCGUAUUAACAAAGGGGCAACUCAACUUGCGUCAGUGGGGAUCAAAUGAUCCACGUCUUCUAAAGGGACUCCCAGAAGGUAACGUCAAUCUCCAGUUGAAAACCUCCAACGAUCCCACCAUCAAGACAUUGGGAUUACACUGGAACUCCGAGAAAGAUGCGAUCAUUUUUACCGUACAGCCAAUACAACCUCGAUCCAAGGUGACGAAGCGGACGAUGCUUUCUGACGUAUCAAAAAUAUUUGAUCCACUAGGAUUUCUGGGGCCAGUGAUCAUCAAGGGGAGGAUGAUUCUCCAUCGCCUUUGGGAAGAAAAGAUCGGUUGGGAUGACACUAUUCCUCUCAGCAUCCUCACAGAGUGGAAGACGUAUUCCACCCAACUGACAAAAUUAAAUAAUAUUUCAUUCAACCGACGGGUCAUUAUACCUGAGGCACGUGAAAUACAGCUCCACGGGUUCUGUGAUGCUAGCACGAAAGGUUAUGGGGCAUGCAUCUACCUGCGAUCCACCGACGUCAAUGGGGAGACACAAGUUCGGCUACUGUGCUCCAAGUAUCGUGUUGCACCCAUCAAGCCAGUCACACUACCACGACUGGAGCUUUGCUCGGCACUUUUGUUGUCUGACUUAUACACAGCAACCAAACAAUCCAUCAACCGCCAUAUUGAUAAGAUUAUAUUUUGGUCAGAUUCAAUGAUUGCUCUACACUGGAUUAAAUCAUCCCCCAGCAAAUCAACAGUUUUCGUGGCGAAUUGCAUAGCCGGAAUUCAACAAAAGACUGAAGGAGCAGAGUGGCGGUAUGUACGCUCACAAGACAAUCCCGCCGAUCACAUUUCGCGAGGCUUAUUCCCCAACGAAUUCAUGCAAGAAUCCAAUUGGAAAACUGGGCCAACAUGGUUAGCAGAAAACGAGAACGAGUGGCCGAGGAGUGAAUUAAUCGUUCCAGCCGUAGUUCCCGAACUGAAGAAGGUCCAAUGCUUCCUGACUGAUCCAGGAGCUCCCGCACAACCUCAGCGGGAUCCCAAGGAUCUGCCCUACAUUUUACGUUUCUCAUCACUCACGUUUCUGAGGAGACUGUUCGCAUACGGCCUACGAUUGAAACCAGGUAACAACUUCAAGGGACCUCGAUCAGCAGAAGAAUUAAAUUUAGCUAAUGAAAGAAUCAUAAAAAUCGUUCAAGAGUCUACAUUUGCUGAAGAAAUAAAGGAACUCAAGAAAGAAAAUCGUUCACGUCCCAAAAUUAAAUACAUGGCGCUCAGUCUCCUUCUGGAUAAAAAGGGUUUGUUACGCGUCGGUGGACGUCUUGAGAAUUCGGAUAUUCCCUUCGAUCAAAAACAUCCUCUUUUAAUUCCAAAGGAACACCACAUCACCACACUCUUGAUACGAGAGGCACACAUUACCAACCACCACGCUGGUGCUCAAACAACUCUAUAUGCACUAAGGAGAAAAUAUUGGUUAGUUGGUGGACGUGCACAAGUGCGCAAAAUAAUUAAAGAAUGCAUUCCAUGCACAAAGGCUGAUCCCCCGCAGAGCGAGUAUAUCAUGGGUAACCGUCCAAGGACUCGCAUCACGGAAGCCCGGCCAUUCUACAAUGUAGGGGUGGACUAUUGUGGCCCCUUCUAUUUGAAAGAAAAGAAGCAUCGAAAUAGGAACAAAAUCAAGGUUUGGGUAGCGGUUUUCGUUUGUAUGGUGGUACAAGCGGUCCACAUUGAGAUAGUGACGGAUCUCACAACGGAAGAAUUUAUUGCUGCACUAAAACGAUUCAUCGGUCGGCGAGGAAAACCCAGAAACAUCUACUCAGACAACGGCACAAAUUUUGUAGGCGCCAAUAAUGAGAUUAAGGAGUUGUAUGCACUGGCACGAGCGACAGAUCACAAUGAGAGAAUUCACAAGCAUCUUGCAGACCAAGGCAUCACGUGGCACUUCAUUCCGCCACUUUCUCCACACCAAGGAGGCCUGUGGGAGGCAGGAGUCAAGUCAUUUAAACACCAUCUUAAGAGGAUUUGUGAUGAUUUAAUCACUCUGACAGAAUUCAACACGUUAGUGAUCGAGAUCGAAGCCACAUUGAAUUCCCGCCCCUUAACUCCUAUUUCCACAGAUCCCAAUGAUAUUCUUGUACUUUCCCCUGGUCAUUUCCUCAUUGGCGAUUCCCUCAUGAGCUUACCUGAACCCGACCUCAGGUGCACUCCAGACAAUAGAUUAUCUUGUUGGGAAGCAAUACAGAACAAACAACAAGAAUUCUGGGCCAGGUGGCACAACGAAUACCUGAAUGAGCAGAACCAGAGGAAUAAAUGGACCAAGGGGAGCCACAACAUGAAGGAAGACGCGAUUGUUAUUCUUCGAGAUGACAAUUUGCCACCCAGACAAUGGUCUCUGGGUCGUGUGAUCAAGACGUAUCCAGGGAAUGAUGGAAUUAUUCGUUCAGUUCGAGUUAAAACUGCGAAGGGGGAGUUUGACAGAAAUAUCCGCAAACUUUCUCCAUUAUUAAGUGAUACUGCUUCUAAUAACGAGUAA